GAUGAUGAGUUUAUUUGUUUAGUUGAACUAGCUAUCGCAGGAACUACCUUGGUAUAGUAUAUUUUAAGGUUAACUCAUACCUAUAACCUUUUAAGUGAUCAUCAAUUUUGUUCUAAAAUAAUGCAUUAUUUGCAAAGGUCUUUUUUAUGAACGAGAAUUAAUCUUUGUUUUAAAAAACGCAGGAAACAGCUAGUAUUUUAUUUAUUUCUUAAUGUAGAGUGGAUUCCGAUGUUGAGUGAAAACAGCUGUGUUUUUACUUUAAAAUUUCUCUUAGUUCCUAUUUUGGUGUGUGUUUGGGAGAAAGCCUAUCAUCAUUAUACCAGACCUCUCGUGUUGACGAAAAAUGGUUGGGUGCGAGGUCUGGUCUCCUCAGAUGGUGACUAUGAUAUGUUUUUCGGAAUACCGUAUGGGAAAGUUAGAACAGAGAAUCCUUUCGGGGUAGCAGAGCCGUAUACAAUAUACGAUGGAGUUUUUGAAGCCACAGAUAAUACUAAAAAUUGUCCUCAACUUGACGAUUUAUCAAACAGUUUUGGUGGUACAUUAGAUUGCCUCAACUUGAAUAUUUAUGUACCACGAGGGGAAAAAAAACUUCCCGUUAUGGUUUAUAUCUUUGGAGGCAGGUUCAUGUUCGGCUUUGCCGGGAAAUUCGUCAACAACACUCUCUAUGGACCGCAGCAUCUAGUGCGGUACGGUGUGAUAUAUGUAGUCUUUAAUUAUAGACUUGGCCCAUAUGGCUUUUUGUGCCCAGGGACGAGAGAAGUUCCCGGAAAUACGGGGUUAAAGGAUCAGACUCUUGCGAUUCGCUGGAUAAAAGAUAACAUAGAACAUUUUGGCGGUGACGUGAAUAAGAUCACACUUUUUGGACACAGUAGUGGAGCCAUAUCGGUUGACCACCAAGUUCACACUCAACCUUAUGAACUGUUCCAGCGAGCCAUAUUACAGAGCGGAACAUCAUUGUUCCCAUUUAGCGUGUUACCUGCAAAUAAUACUCUUCCCUCAAUUAUCGCUCGGAAGUUAGGAUAUGUAACCGAUGACGUCGAUAAAGCUCUCAAAUUUCUAGCAAAGAAGAAUCCCUUAGAUGUCGUAAAGGCAUCUGUGAGCAUUCAAUAUCAGUAUACUCCAUGUAUCGAGCCAAGGUUUGAAGGUGUGGAAAACAUAAUUACGGAUUAUUCACUGAAUACGGUGCCUAAAGUUAAGAACAGACGAUUUUUAAUUGGACACACAAAGGAUGAAUAUAACUUCGUUUAUGCUAAAUUCCCCAAUGCCUACUUUGACGCAUACGACAUGUUUGAGGAGUUUUUGUCUAAAGCGUUUCAUUUAAACGAAACGGAAAUGGAGACUAGUGUAGCUGAAGUAAAGCGAUUCUAUAAAGUUAAUAAAGUGAGCUCCCAACUCAGAGAAAAUAUCGUGAACUUCACAUCGGACAUCGUUUUAAAUUACCCAUUACUUAGACAAAUGGAGAGAUUUUUAAACCACGGUUCUGAUAAGAUCUACUACUACGUAUUUACAUAUUACGGAGGAAGAAACUUACACCAAAUUAUCAAUAAUCUGAGCACCGGGGGCGCCAUGCACGCGGACGAGGUCGGGUACAUCUACCCGUCCACUGUCCUCGGAGACACCUCCUCGGAAGACCAGCUUAUGGUGGACCGAAUUACUACACUAUGGACAAACUUCGCAAAGUACGGUGAUCCCACGCCUUCUCCGACUGACCUUCUACCUGAAAAAUGGUAUCCAAUAUCGAGGGACAGUAGACGAUAUCUUCAAAUAGAUCGAGAGACCAAAAUGGAAACUGAGCUAGUUUCAAGAAUUCGUUUUUGGAAACGUUUCUAUGAGAAAUAUUCAACGCGAAUUAGGUAUUGAUUGGAAAAAAUUUACACAAAUAUAAAAAUAUUAUCUAUCAAUUAAAUUCUGAAAAAAGUUUACUAAUAGGAAUUAAAAAGAUCACCUAGAGUAUGUAAUUUGAUAUCCCAUUAAUAAAGAUUAUAUAAUUAUAUGAAAUAACUCAAUACGUAAUAUGAUUUAAAGUAAACGUGUACUAGGCUCAUCCCCUACGUGACAGAUAAUUGUAAAUUAUUCAAAUUGCAAGUCAGCGCUGCAUUCCUUCGAGUGAGUCAAGAGCCGUGAAAUGAACGACAGCCCUCCGCCAUGUGAUAAUCAUUUUAUUUAUCCUUGGGGAAGAAAACUGUUCCCUAUCCACUCAAAAGUUUAGGUAUUUAAAUCUUCCAGUCAACCCUGCAAACCUAAGCAUUUGCAUGCAACACAGUA